GGGUACAGAAAGUGCAACAAAGUGCAACUAAGACUCGUGAUCAUCUGAUCUGAUUUCGAGGCGCGGACGAUUGAGGCUCGGGUUCCUUUUCAUAUAUUGGAUCAUAUAAUUGGAACUGAUUGAAACAAUCGUAAUUGAAUCACCGCACAAAUAAAAGAAUCCAUUAAAAGAAUCCAUUCGAAUCCAUAUGACGCCCGCUAUGAUGUUUGAUCGCGUUAGUCGCUCCAUUCUCUACAUGUGCAAGCGAAAUAAAAGGAUCAGUAGCCACCAGCGAUAUACAGUUAGACACAGUUCGACCCAAGUCAUUGGCAAGACCUUAGAACGCUUGAUUGACAGGAGCAUACUGCGCGUAAACGGUAACGAAGCCUCUUUCUUCCUCCAGGGAUUGAUUACGAAUGAUAUGAAGCACCUCGACGAAGGGGCGCCUAGCAUCUAUACUUUGUUUCUGAAUAUCCGAGGCAGAGUGAUGUGUGAUGCUAUUGUAUACAAGAGUGAGGAAAGCAACUUAUAUUACAUAGAAUGUGAUUCGCAGAUUGUUGAUUCCUUACAGAGGCAUCUGAAGAUGUAUCGCGUGAGACGAAAAAUAGAUAUAGAACAUGUAGGAGACAAAAUCAAUGUCUGGUCGAUGUUCAAUUCCACCAAAUAUCUCGAUAAUGGAGCUGCGGUGAAUGAGACAGAAAAGUUCAAGCUGGAAGGAAUGAUAUUUCCAUGUGGCACGUUUAACAGUAAAACCAGCAAGUUUGUCGACAAUGUUAUGAUAUACGAAGAUCCUAGAUUACCUGAUCUUGGUCUUAGAAUUCUCGUCGAGUCACAGAUUAGUAGAAACGAGAUAAUUAAACAUCUAGACGCUGAUAUAGCUCCAUCAGAGAGUCUUGGAGACUAUAAGGCGUUUCGAUAUAAAUUAGGAAUAGGGGAAGGCAUGCAUGAUUUACCACCUGGGAAAGCAUUGCCCUUAGAGAUCAAUUGCGAUUAUUUACACGGCGUUAGUUUUCACAAGGGCUGCUAUAUUGGCCAGGAAUUAACCGCGCGAACAUAUCACACGGGUGUAGUCAGGAAACGCCUAAUGCCUCUGUUGUUUGAUAACGUUAUAGAUAAACCGUUUGCGUAUGAUGAGAAAAUUCUUAAUGAAUCUGGCAAUGCGGUAGGAAAGUUCCGAGGAUGCGUCGCUAAAUACGGAUUAGGCUUGAUGCGUAUAAAUGAAUCUCUUAGUGCCCGAGAACUUAAUGUAUCUGGUAUGAAUGUAAGAGUAGUAAAACCUGCAUGGUGGCCUCAAGAAUUACAAAAAGAAAUGAUUUUUGCUAAAGAUACAAAGUAACAUUAAGACGUUUUUAAAUAUCACAAACUUAUAUAGAAAAUAAAUGUAUUGUAGAAUAUAAAAUUGUAA